CACCUCGCCCCGGCCGCGCGAGUCGCAUCGCCAGGUCGCCCAUGCUCUUCCCGACACCGGGCGCCCGGCACCCGGCGGGCCGCGGGGACUGUGAGCGUCCGGGAUCGGUGCCCGUGCGUGGUGACGCACGUCCGCGCGCCGAGACGUGAGGACGCAGGGGGCUGGAGAGAGCGUUCAGCUGUCUGUGUACCUCCCCGGAUUCCUAAAACAGCCCAUUUUCCCAUCACUGGGUUGACAUCUAACCAUGCAGAGGAGAACAAGAGGACUUAAUACUGGGCUCCUUCUGCUCCUUUCUCAAAUCUGCUACGUUGGGGUCAACAAUAUCCCUCCUGUCACCCUGGCCGCGUUGGCUCUCAACACCUGGUUUUUCUUGAGUCCUCUGAAGCCACUGUACGGCUCCUGCCUCAGCGUGGAGAAGUGUUUCCAGCAAAAAGACUGGCAGCGCUUGCUGCUUUCCCCCUUUCACCAUGCGGAUGAUUGGCACUUGUACUUCAACAUGGUAUCUCUGCUGUGGAAAGGAAUAAAUCUGGAAAGAAGACUAGGAAGCAAAUGGUUUGCCUAUGUCAUCGCCACGUUCUCCCUGCUCACUGGGGUGGUGUACCUGUUCUUGGAAUUGGCCUUUGCAGAAUUUAUGGAUGAACCCAGCUUCAGAAUGAACUGUGCUGUGGGUUUCUCAGGAGUUUUGUUUGCUUUGAAAGUUCUUAACAACCAUUAUUUCCCUGGAGGCUUUGUCAGCGUCAUGGGCUUUCCUGUACCCAACAAAUUCGCUUGUUGGGCAGAACUUGUGGCGAUUCAUUUAAUGGUGCCGGGGGCUUCCUUCGCUGGACACCUGUCCGGGAUCCUCGUCGGGCUAAUGUACACUCACGGGCCUCUGAAGAAUAUCAUGGAAGCGUGCGCAGGCAUGUUUCCUUCCGAUAUUCAUCAGCCAAGACAGCAAUACUACUUUAAUAAUUCAGGCUACGGCGGGUUUCAGGACCAUCCCCGCGAGGAGGAGCACAGAAGCUACGCCGCGUACACAGCCGGACUGAGCGAGGAGGAGCAGCUGGAGAGAGCGGUCCGAGCCAGCCUCCGGGACCAAGGACGCAGCAGAAACAGCCCCCCGCCCUAUGGGUUCCGUCUCUCCUCAGAAGAAGAGAUGAGGAGAAAGCGGCUUCACAGAUUUGACUUCCAGUGAAGGGGUGUGACAUCUCGGGCACCCACGGUCCAGCGGUGUCAUUAUUGCCCGUUGGGUUCAUCCUCCAAGAGCCUCUAGUUCGUUUUUAACAAAAGCAAAGUGCACUGUCGUCACCCAAGCCGUUCACGUCACCCUGUGGCCACAGUGAGUCUGGAUUCGCAAACACAUUGACUCGUUUCGAAACCAGACUCGUAGAAUGCAACUCGCAGCUUUUCAGAGUGGCCCUUCCCCUGGCCUCGUGUUCCCUCGCAGACAGGCCAGUCCAUCCACACCGGGACCAGCUCCCACACUCCUCGCUCUCACUGCGGACUCAUUCCGCUUCUGAAGACUGUGACCUUCACUGGGAGGUCUGUUUUCACCAGCCCCGAGGAUCAGGCCCUCAUUCUGCCCGGCGUGCUCCAUGGCAGGCUGGGUAGGAAGUGAGACGCCAUCCCUGGUCUCCCAGGCACAUUGCCAUGGUGACUUCCCAGGAACAGGAUGCGGCUUCCAUGGUGCAAUUCUGCUCAGCCUCCUUGACACAGGCGCCUCCGCUCCUGGGGCCCCCGCAUCUGGGUGGCGUCGACCGUGAACUUGGCUUGUUCCUAUGUUGCUCUGCCUUCAUAGAACACCUGACUGGAGACGUUUUAGUAAGACCUCAGGUGGGGAACCACCCACACACUCUAGCAGGUAUCAGGUGGCGCCAGCAACUUGGGCAGCCUGUCCAAGUUUGGCAGUCUGUGUCCCUGGGGAUGUGACUUGUAUUAACUAAUCAGGUAAGCAGCAGCAGGUGCCACGCACAGAGUAGAGCGAAGGUGUUCAGUGGGUUGGGUCACGGGGAACUCUUUCCUGAGGAAGUUUUUUUCCUCAUAAAAGUGCCUUUUAAUUGGCCACGAUAGCAGCCAUUUGUGCUUCUUAAGUGUCUAAGACACUCCUGCAGUGCUGUCUUCCACAGACUGUCCAAGUCACUGACGACGUUUCCUGGUGCUCGUUUUCAUGAAUAAAAGGACGAAGUCAUAUAUCACUGAUGUCUUACUGUCACUGAAGUAUUUAAGUAUUAAAGAGAACUGUAAGCAGAAAA